AUGACUUGUGAGCGUCAGCUAUACGUGAGUUAGUGAGUUAAUGUAAUUUAAAUUGAAAUCUGAAGUAAAUAGAAAACAAUAUAAUAAAAUAAUACAUUCAAUAGAAUAACAUAUUGGAAUAUGGAUAAUGUCACAAUAAUGUGUCUAGAUUAAUUCCAUUUUGAAAAAAACAUUUCUUAAAUCCGUUCUUCCUUGAUUCAACUCUUGCUAAACCAGACAGUUAAACUCUGGAUAACAGUUGGCGUUGGCUGAAAUGUAAGUGCCAUUUAUUUGCAUUUUUGACAAUGACUUCAAUGAGCUAUUCAGUAUAAUGUAGUUUAUUUUCUAAUAAUUUGGAUGUUUCACAAUUUUGGUACCUUAUACAUAUUUUAACCCUUAAGACUGAAAGGGUAACAAGACACAAGCGACGGCUCUGCCUUUACAUUAGUUACUAUUAUCAGUGACUAUUAUCAUUACAAUUAUUCUAGUGACCCUGAAUAAUAUCUACUUUUUCUAGUUCUGUUGCUGACCAAAUCAGGAAAACUAAGUAAGGUGCUUGUAUAUAAUAUAUAUUAUAUAAGAAUGAGCUAAGUUGACCAUAAUAAUGAUAAGAAAACGAAUCAAUUUAAAUACUUUUGAAGGCUUAAAAAAAAAUUAAAGGGGUUUUUCUGUUGUUUUUUUUAAAGGAAAUAUUUAUGUAAAUAUUUAAUUAGUAUUCUAUUACAGUAAUAUUUUAAUGCAUUAAUAAGGUCAUAUUUUAAAUCUCUUAUGCAGGAAAAAUUUUUAAAAAAAAUUGUUUAAUUGAUGUAAUACAUGACUUUAUAGUAAUAAUAAUAUAUACAUUAAAAAAUUGAAAUAAACUUUAAAAAAAAGAGAUCUAUUUUAUUUUUAUCUAUUCCAUUUAUUUUAAUAAAAAUAAAAUAUAUCUGCUUAUUUUAAUUUUUUUUUUCAAUUUUUGAAUGUAAGUAUUAUUUAUAAAUUCAUUUAUUAUACUAAUUAAACAAAUAUUUUUAGAAUUGUACCUACAUAAGUAUAAGAGAGUUAAAAUUUGAUCUUUAUGUAUGCAUUGAAAUAAUACUGUUAUUAACUCGUUAUAACAUUUAUUGGGCUUUGCAAUCCUUGUGGGGGCUGUGAUUAAGUUUUUUUUAGUAUAUUUGAUAUUAAUACGAUUUCUUGGGUAGGUUCGAGGUAUGCAAAUGUAUAUUUUUUCAAGAAGCAUACAGUGAGCCACAGAAAUGGAGGGGGCAUACGAAGAGUAUAUCAGUAACUCAAAAGAUAAAAAAUUCACAAACUGUAGGCCUACGUCAGAUGUUACAGUCAUGAACAAUAUUGUUUUCAUUUUUUUUUUCCGAAAUAACAGAAAUAUGUUUUACAGUUAUGUCGGAAAAUGCCGUCCCAAUGUGUUGAUAUAAUCAGGGCACAUUUACAUACCGUAAUUAUAACUAUGAAUAAAAGAUUUUAAAAAUGUAAAAGGGGAAAAUUAUAGCUAAGAUUUUUCUUUGAAACUAAUGAAAUAAUAUUUUUCAAAUUUACAGCCGGGAUAAUGAUGUAGCACAAAAUUAUAAGUGUAACUAAAUCUGGAGAGAUUUUUCGUUUGAUAACAUUAUCUAAAAAUCACAAAAAUGUAUUGACAUGCAAAUGAAAUAUAUAAUUGCCACCAUAAUACAGUUCAGGAGUGUGAACAAAUAUAGAUACACUAUAUGGACAUGUUAAAUUUAUGUGAGAUUAAAAGUAAUUAACAUCAAUAUUGUUAGUGUGUGUCAAAUUUUUUAACUCUAGAUAACGGAGCCAGAAGCUGUAGUGAAGUGUCGAGAAAGAGAAUUACAAAAGCCAACAGUUUAACAACCACCUUGCACUAUUUUGCAUGAUAUUCUUUUGCAUCUGGAAAAUUUGGAAAACCGUGUUGCCCAUCAUUUGUACCCAAAGUGUGUAAUCAUCAUGGAAAUACUUGAUAUCAUUUUAAUGAUAUUAUUACUCUUACAUUUUAGCCUGGGUAAGUUAAAUUUAUUAUUUUACUAUCUGAAUUUUAUUAUUUUACUUUUACAACUUUAUGAGACAUAAAUUGAUUCCGAGAAGUAUAACGUCAAUUGCAAAGGUAUGAGGUAAUUUUUAUAGAAGAGCAAAUUUUAAUCUUAAGUUUUUGAACUCGACAAUCACACAAAAUUUACUUUUUGGAGCUAGACAUGAAGUGAAAAGAUAAACAUGAAUUAGAAAAAAAAAAGCUAAAUUGAUUAAUUCAAAAUAAUAUUUUAUUCACUUUAUUUUAAUUAAUAUCAAUCAUUUACUCAAUGAUGUUUUUUUUUUUUUUUAAAUUAUCUUUUCACAUAGUUUCAGGACAAAGUGUGGAACUCUUUGAGAACAGUCAAAAAGACUGUGAGACACAGUGUGUUAAAGGUCUUGUCAGUGGAUCUGACACAGUAAAUUUUACAGCUCAAGUUCAGUAUUCAGAUGAUCCAAAUAUGAAUAUUCUGUUUUUCGUCAAGAGAAAUUAUGAUAGAAUGUACCAGCUUGUAAGUUCUUAUUAAACGUAUGCGUUGUUCAUUGUUUUAGAUGAACUUUUGUGAUUAUACACCUAAAGUAUUAAAACAUCAUUCACUAUAAAUAGUUAAUUUAUUUUUAAUUUCAAAAAAAAUAUUUGAAUAUAUAAAAAUAUAUAUACCAUAAGCUCAUAACAGCAUAUAUUUAUUUUAUGGAUUUUGAAUCAUUUGAAAUCAUAAAAAAUAUAUGCUUUUAUGGAAGUAUAACUGAUGUUUAACUUUAAUAUGUAAAUUUUUUUAUUCUAAAAAAAUUAAUAUUUUAUAUGAAAAUAUAUAUUGUAAGUAUUUAAGAGCAAAUAUAUUGUUUACUGAUAUUCUUAACUAUCGUGUAUGCAUAGCGUUUAUUAAUGGAAAAGAAAAUUGAAAUGUUAUUUUUAAAAUCCUAUUCUGUUUAUUUUACAAUAUUAUAUUUGUUUAAUUUUUUAACAACGAGAAAAAAUCAAUAUAAUUUUAUGUGUGUGAGAGGGCGUGAAAAAUUGAAUGUUUUUCUUUGUGUGUUCCAUUUUUAAAAAAAACAGCAUUAUAUUCUUAACUAUCGUGUAUGCAUAGCGUUUAUUAAUGGAAAAGAAAAUUGAAAUGUUAUUUUUAAAAUCCUAUUCUGUUUAUUUUACAAUAUUAUAUUUGUUUAAUUUUUUAACAACGAGAAAAAAUCAAUAUAAUUUUAUGUGUGUGAGAGGGCGUGAAAAAUUGAAUGUUUUUCUUUGUGUGUUCCAUUUUUAAAAAAAAACAGCAUUAUAGGCUAUAUACUCGUAUUAACUCUUCAUAGUAAUAUCUCCAAAAUAAAAGCAAGCAUGACAUGUNUAUAUAUAUAUAUAUAUAUAUAUAUAUAUAUAUAUAUAUAUAUAUAUAUAUAUAUUUAUUUAUAUAUAUAUACAUGUGUGUGUGUGUAUGUGUGGGUGUGUGCAUGUGCGUGCGGGUGCGCGUGUGAGCGCGCGCGCACUACCUCAAACGCCAGAUACAUCGUCUGAAGAUAACAAUUUUCUCAGUAGCAGUAGUUUGAGACAUGACAUUAUGCCCUCAAAUAGUAUGGAAUGUAAAUCACAUAGGUCUCGCACACCUUUGAUAGUUGUAGACUGUAAGAAUCCCCUGACAGUGACAUAAAUACUUCCGAUAUGAAAUGCUUAAAAUUUUAAAUGGUAUUUGUAGUUUCUGAAACAGAAAUUUGACCAUGGGUGGAAAACAGUUUUUGGAGACUUGAGAAUAGCUGGUUUGGGUAGAGGAAGUCAAGACCUGGGGAGAGUCAUAUAAACUUGCACUCAAGUUUUUGAGCAACAGGAUAUUUGUGGCAAUUUCAAAAUACUUGCAGUCGUGGCAGGAAAUAUACUGGAAAAUGUCAAACUAGACUUACUUUUGGAAAAGUGAUGCGAGAAUGUGAAUUCGUUAACUGUUGACUUAUACGAAUCAACCUCUUGCGGAAUUCUUCGGGGACAUAAUUAUAAGCCUUAAGAACAAAUGAUUUUACAAAUCCAUAAUACCCAAAAGUACAAUAGUAGUAGAAAACAGUCAUCCGCUGCCCGAUCACUCAAAGCUGGCUGCAAUAUGAUAGACCAAAGAUUUACUAUUGUUUAAGGUUUCGUGCAGUUUUUUAUAUGUUCAAAAUACUGAUAACUCUUUUUUUGUAAUCUGCAACAUUAGAAAGUAACGUGGCAAAUACAUUAUAACCAUGACUGGUGCUCGCCUUAUUUUUUUUUAUAAAUUGCAUUUUGGUUACUUAUGAUUUCAAUUUCCUUUCAUUUGAAAUGUUCACCGAAUUAUUAAUUUUUUUUUAGAUAACAAUAUUUAAUACACGCAUAGGCUUAAUACUCUUUAUAUGUAUGCGCAAAAUAUUUAAAAUAUUCUUCUUCUUUCUUCUUCUUCUUUAUUUUAAGGGCCCACGAUCAAUGAAUUGAUCAUUCUGGCUCCUAUGUUUCAGAGGUGUUCGCGAUGUUACUGUGCAUGGGUUUCAAUGGGAUACUUCACUGGUUGCAAGGGCGACUCAGCAGUGGUGUUAUGAACUGGGGGUUGGAAUACAGGAGGCAAUAGACACAAAUGUCUCGAGUGUAGCCGCCUCAACUGUUGCUUUUGGAAGCUUGUUCCAGUUUCCUAUUAUCUUCGGCAGGAAUGAGGAGCUCCUGUACUUUGUUCUUAUUUUUACCAGCCGGAACUGUCUGUCGUGGCUUCGUCGCAGUCUAGGGGGAAGAUGAACGAGUUUCUGUUUGAUUCAGGAGCAGUGGACCAGCCCAUUUUUUAUCUUAUACAACAUGGUAAGCCUGGAUAGUCGCCGUCGUUCUUCCAAUGUAGACCAGCCCAGUGUUUUUAGCAUGCUGCCAACACUAGAGGUUUUUCUGUAGCGGUUCAUGACAAAGCGUGUGGCCCGUCGCUGGACCGCCUCCAACCUGUCGAUGCUUUUCUGGGUAAAUGGGUCCCAGACUGUAGAAGCGUACUCUAAAAUAGGUCGGACAAAGGCUUUAUAGGCUUUUUCUUUCACGCUUGAGUUUCCGAUCUUCAGAUUGCACCUUAGGAACUCCAGGGUCUUGUUUGCCCGGUUGCACACACUGUUAAUGUGCUCGUCCCAGCAGACCUCUCUUUGAAUGGUAACACCCAAGUACUUUACGGAGGAAACUGGCUCAAGAAUAUGGCCAUGCAGUUCGUAAAAGUGGUUUAGAGGGAAUCUGCUUCUGGAGACUGACAGGGUCUGGCACUUGACGGGAUGAAAUUCAAUGUCCCAGCUCAUCUCCCACUCAGCUAACCGAUUGAGGUCUUGUUGAAGCUGGCUCUGGUCAGAGCUGUUUACGAUUGUCCCAUAUACCGCCGUGUCGUCUGCGAACAGUCUUGCUUGGGAGGUCAGCUUCUCGGGCAGAUCAUUGAUAUAUGCUAGGAACAAACAAGGGCCUAGCACUGAGCACUGGGGGACCCCUGACUUAACACUGACAAAGGAGGAGGUUUUGCCAUCUACCGCUACUGCCUGUCAUCGGUCGCUGAGGAAGCUAGAGAUCCAUGUUUCGGUAGUGCCUUGGAUCCCAAAUCUCUGAAGUUUGUGUAAUAGCAAGCUAUGGUUGUCACGGUCAAACGCUUUGGAAAAGUCCAGCACAAGCACAUCAGUCUGCUUGCUGUUCUCCAAGCUGGUCGUCAAUUUUUCAGCAAAAUCAAGGAGUUGGGUCUGGCAUGAUCUGUUGACUCGAAAGUCAUGCUGACAGUCAUUGAGUAUAUUGUGUCUUUGCAUGUGAUUCAUGACCGCGCUUACGAUUAUGUGUUCCAAACGUUUACAUACUACGCUCGUGAGGGAUACAGGGCGGUAAUUGGCUGGGUCGUAAUGCUCUCAUUUUUUGUAGAUUGGAGUGACAUACGCUGUUCUCCAGUCAGUUGGAACGUUGCCUGUGAAUAGCGACGAUCGGAAGAGGAUUGUUAAUGCAGGAGCGAUUUCAUUGGCCAAUUAUUUUAGCACUCGUGGUUUGAUGUUGUCAGGACCACAUGCCUUGUAGGGGUUAAUGUUUUUAAGGAGUUCCAGCACACCCUUAUCUGAAAUCUGGAUAUCUUCCAUGGUGGAGUAGGCUGUGCUCAACAUGUUGGUCUUCAGAAGGAACUCAACUUCUGAGUACUCUCUACCAUCCCCAAAGACUGACUGGAACUGUUGAUUGAGUAUGUCCGCCUGUUCUUUGGGUUCAGACGUUAACUUGCCUUCCCAUCUCAGGGGAGAAAUCCCGAUUUUUGUUGACCUUUGAUGCUUGACAUAGCUCCAGAACCACUUGUUCUUGGCUGUUGUAUCUUCCUCUGAGAAGAUGCCGUUCAGGUUGUUCCAGUAGGAUCUGCGCAGUAAGCGUUGGAUGGUUCUUCGGAGCCUCAGUACUUCGGCUUUUAGUUCGACCGACCCAUUCUUCUUCAUACGUUUGUACUGGCGGUCUCUCCUGUGUAUUAGCCUUUGGGAAUCUAACUCCGUUUGUUUUAGUUCUCCUUCUAAUAACUCAAUACUUUUUUAGUUCUCCUUCUUCUAACUCUAUUUGUUUUAGUUAUCCUUCUUAUAGAUCCAUAUUUUUUUUUGAGUUUUCAUUCUUAUAAACUCUAUUUGUUUGAUUUCUCCUUCUUAUAACACCAUUUGUUUUAGUUCUUCUUCUUAUAGCUCCAAAUUUUUUUUAAUUUCCCCUUUUAUAACUCAAUUUGUUUGAGUUCUCCUUCUAAUAACUCGAUUUUGUUUAGUUCUCCUUCUUAUAUCUCCAUUUGCCUCAAAAAACUUUAUUUAAUAUUUAUAUUGUAUUAAUCCAUUUGCUUGAGCUUUAGUUGGAGAUAUAUAUUAAUAGGAUUAUUUUUGCAAGUGGAAUUAGACCAGUUCAUCCUCAGAAGACAUAUUAUUUUCAUGUUCUAAAUCAGGGGUCUCCAAACUUUUCAGCCCGAGGGCCGCAUUAACUAUCAAACAACAGUUAGGGGGCCGACUUCACUCUCGAGGUCCAAAUAAAACGAAAUAAAACAUGGAUGUAGUUUUUAAUCAUUUAUGCAUUAUUAUUUCAUUCAGUUAUUAUUUAAAAACACAUUGAUACACGACACAUGUAUACCUGUAUUAGUGGGAAUGGUGAAAUUGUUUCCUGAAUGCCAAAAUAGCAGUGAUUAGCAGACAUUUCUAGAUUUAGAUUUGAUGUCACAACAGUGACCUGAGAUGAUGAUCGGACAAAUUGGUCUUAAAUUGUUCUUCACUUAUUUCGUUCUUGACAAUGUUUGUUUACACAGACAGGGUGUUCCUAAGUUUUAAAGGUACAUUGAUGCAAAUGUUUUGAAUUUAGGGAAGUCUUAUUUGUGGCGAAAACUAGUUAAAAACUCACCUGCCCUUCUUUUAACUUGUCCCUAAGGAGGUCAUUUGCUUGCACCUCAAUGACCUCCAGGUGCAGUUCAUCUGGGCGACUGGCCACAUCUGCUUCAAAUGGGUUUUGAAAAAGUCUCACUUCUUCUGCCCUUAAAACCAAUUCAGAAAACCGUUGCUAACACUGCAGCUGGAGAUCUUUGAUGAUCUCGCAUACAAAUGACGUAGGGAACUCCGUUGUUGCUUCAGCCAUGAAGGCCGUCCACUGCUGAAAGUGUGUCAAGUUGUUGGCCUGUACUAGUCCAAAAAAACAAGACGAAUUUGGAUCUGAAGGCUUUUAGGUGGGUGUAUAGAUCAGAAACGAGAUGUUCCUCUCCUUGUAGUUUUAGGUUCAGACAAUUUAAAUGACGAGUUAUGUCUGCAGCUAUGGCCAUUUUCCAUACCCACAUUUCAUCAGACACUAAUGCCUGUAGCUUGCCUUUACUUUCCAUGAAGCCACCAAUUACCUUUCUUAACUAAAAUACUCUCCUCAGAACUUUCUCACAAAUUGGGCAUCUUAUUUCUGUGUAAUGUGGUAAACCUUGGGAUUCUGUGUCUGUAUCUUCCAACAUGUCUCUGAACUGUCUAUUGUUGAGCCCAUUUGACCUUAUUAUAUUAACCCUUUUUACCACAGGAUUCAGUACUGCUUCACUUGUCCAACCAAGCCUUUCUUUAUGCCACUUAUUUUCUUUCCUCUAUCAACAGUCAGGCAACUGAGGUUAGUCCAGUCCAAGUUAUAAUGAGCAAAUGUUUUUUUUUUCAAAUCAUUGAAUAUAUCCUCUCCGGUAACAGUGUGGUAAAAUGCUAUAUAGGGAAGCCAGCUCGUGUGUUAUUUUCAUGUCUUCAUCCACUCCUCUAACGAACACAAGCAGUUGAGAGGUAGGACAGCUGUCCAGCGAUUCAUCCAUUUCACUUAAAAAAUUGGCGAAACGUGCUUGCAUUUUUCGCUAUUUGAGUCACAAUGUUUUCACUCAUGUCUGUAACAUGGGGGGUAAAGCUCCGCCACUAUAUGGCGUUAUGUUAUAUUUUCAUCUCAUUGACUGUGAACUGAAGUGGAAAAACUCAGCAGCGAAUAAGGUUUUGCCAAGUCAUGAUCGGUUAGAAAACAUAAACGCACUAUUGCACGCCUCUAUUUUAAUUCGGCAAAAACAUAACGUCCACGUAAGCGGCAUCUGAUCUUGGCAGGAUACAGGUAAAUUUCCGUAAUUUUUUCCGUAAUCAAAAAGGUCUCCGCGGGCCUCAUGCGGGCCACGGUCCGUAGUUUGGAGACCCCUGCUCUAAAUGGACAAUAUUAAUGCUGGUACAGUCCAUUAAAACUAGAACGUGUAUUUCUAAUAUUUUUUCUUAAUAAAAAAAUAAAUCUUUUUGCAAAACAUUUGUCUAUUGCCUCUAGAGACGGCUUGUUUUACAUCAAAGUAAAUUUCGACAGUUAUUUGUACGAUAUUAUUUUAUUAAGCUUAAUCAGCACACAUGAAAGUAAUGGUAAGUAAAUAAAUGUACCAUUGAUAUCGUUAAAUGAUGCCGUAAAUAGUGUGUUAUCCGUAGCAAUAUGAAAAGUUGAGUAAAAUCGUGGGCAAGCUGCCAAUUUAUUUCAAACUUUUAUAUAAAAUUUUUACCAAACUCCUUUUUUAAAGAUUUUGCUUCUUUUUUUAACAUUGCGUAAUGAAUGAAAAAAAAAUAAAAUACAAAGGAAUACGUUUGUUAAAAACAGUUUGUGCAAAAUAAUUUAAGUGCAAGGAUUGGCGUCUUCAUAGACUGCGCACACAGACAGAAUCAGUCCUAAAAAAAUGUAAUUACUUACAUGUGAACUGAAUGAUUUGUUGUGUGUUGUAAAAUGUAUGUGAUCAUAUACUUAAUAAACAAUUAAUACAAUGUAUACAAUCUAAAUUAUUACAAUCUAUAACAAAUAUACUAUAAAGUAAUGUUAUAUUCUCAUGUUCGUGUAUUGCCACACUGCAUAUGUUGGAGUUUGAGUUUAUAAAACCAUUUAUAAACCAUUGGUGCUAGAAAGAAAAAAAAAAUAGCAGCAAUAACAACUCAAACCCAAAAUGUUUUUCAAUUCAGUUAAGUUUGUACAACAUCCAUGAGGAUUGUAACAGAAAUAAAUAUUUGACAUGCACUGAUGUUAGCCAAAACGUCAUUAACAUCACAAUUCGACAAGUGGCUUUCACUGAACUAAGUGAAGCAUUAAUAUAUGUAAAGCUGGUGACAUCUUCACAUGUGGAAAUAAAAAGUGAAACUCGGCGUUUUCCGCUAAUUAACAGUAGGUUUUAUAUUUGUAUUUGAAUUUCAUUAUUGAAUGUUUAAAAUUUAAACUGAAUAAUAAGUAGGCAACUGAUUAACAAUGUUAAAAUAAACAUGAUUGUUUUUGUUUUUUUAAAUUUAGCUCAACUUCUGAUUGACACAUUAUUUAAAUUAGAAAAUUAUAUAUUUAUUUAAUAUAAUACUUUAUAUGUAAGGAAAAUAAAAAAAUAAUAGAUUUGAUACGUAAUUAGUAAUUUUAUGACAAUGUUUACUUCGAUUUUCAAACAGAUCCAUCUAACACUACAGGUCGAUUAGUCAUCAACGGACAGGAGAUAACAAAAGAUAAUGACCAGUGUUUAAGUGCAAUAUCUGGUAAUGAUUUAAGUAUUCAUUUCAAAUGUGAGAGUCAAGUCUUACCUUGCUUGAUUGAUGUAGUAUUUGAUGAUGAAGAAAAGCAUGUGCAAGGAACUUACGAAGUCAAAUGCAAUAGAAAAAUUAAGUCACAAAAUUUAAAAAAAUUUACCAUCUACUAUGGAGCAUGCAAAUUGGAGCAUACACCAAAGAUCAAAAGGUGUACAAUUUCAGGUUAGACAAUGGAUUCAAUUGCUAUUUAGAUUAUCAUUAACACACACUUAUAAAAGACUAAUCUGUACUUUUAAUAUUAUUGAAAUAUGGCUUUUUAUAAUGUAAAUAAUUUUUUACAUAAACUUGCAAAAGUAUUCAUCGUUUUUUAAAUUCCUUUAUUGCAUAUGCGUAUUGCUAAAAUAUAAUAGAAUAAUAUAAACAUAAAAAGUAAUAUGCAUGGAAAAAUUUUUUUUUUAAACUUAUCCGUUUUAUAAUAAAUUAUUUUUAAAGUAAUAUGUCAUUUAUUUGCAUUAAAAGUGACAGAGUGGUCUACACGCAAUCUGCCAAUUUUACUUGCUGUUAUGGUGGCCUCUUCAACAUUUCUUAUAUGUAUUAUUAUCUUCAUAAUAGUCAGGAUAAUUUUGUAAGUAAAUAUUUUAUUUCAACUUUUAAAACCAUACAAAUAUCAAAAUUAAUAUAAACGUAUUGCUCCCAAUCACAUUUGAUUGAUAUUGUAAAAUAUGAAUCCAAAAUUACAUGUUUCUACAUUUUUUAUAGUAUGCUUACGGUAAUUUUUUUUGCAAUGGUGAUUGCAUUUAUGUGUGCAUUUACAAAACUAUAUAUUUGUUAUAAGUUUUUUGUAUUUUAUUUUUUGCCCUUUCUUUUCAUUAAAUAAUUGCUUAAUUCUUUCAUGUAAGGUAAAUAAAUAAUGUCAAAGUUUUAUUGAGAAUUACGUGCCAAGUCGCAUAUGCCUAUCGCCCAUUAUAUUUCUCUGCUAAUUGGAAAUUUUAAUCUCUUACCAGAAAGCUCAAGGAUUGGCUUUAAAAAAACUGAUGAAUUAAUUUUGAUAUUUUAUUUAUUUAUUAUAAAACUAGAUACUAUAACCCGUUAUUUUAUAAAUAUAAUACAUAACACACGAUCUUACAUAUGUGUGUGGGUUAUUACGCAUUUUAUGCUUGAAAAAAUAUAAAUCACCACAUUUUUGCAUACUCUUGAAUUGUAUAUUCAAGAAAUAAUAAAUCAGACUUUUAUCAUAUUUGUAGAUAGCUUCUCCUGGCAUUGCAUUUGAUCUAGUUUAAAAUAAAAGCUAUGUUUGUAAAGUUCAGUUUCAUUUAUUAUUGUAAAGGGACCCUGUCGAAAUCAUUUAAGAUAAAUAUUCAAGGUAACUUCAGAAGCUAUGAAACGGUUGGGUGCCAUUUAUAUUGUUAUUUUAUUGGGGUGGGCACGAGGGGUCAUAUAAAUAUCCCUUAGCUAAACAUUCAAUGAAAUCUUUAGAAGUUGUAAUCUAAUUACGGGUACUUCUCCAUACCGUGACUAAAUUAUUUCUUAAAAGAUCAAUUUAUGAAUUAUUUAGAUACAUAUCCAAUGUCAUCAAAUAAAUGUCCCCUGUCAAAAUCCAUUAGACAAAUUAUCAAGAUAGUUUAUAAAUCUUUGUCAUUAACAUCGUUUGGGAAAUGCCAAAUAUGUAACUAUUAUUCAUUGCCCCAAAAGCAAGUGAGAUUGCUAAAGUGUAUACAUUAUAAUAGCAAAACAAAGAGUCUAUAACAUUUGAAUAGUAGAAUAUUAAAUAGUAAGAAAGAUCAAUCAAUUUACUUUGUAGCUUACUUUGUAGCCAGUAUAUAAAUAUAUAUAUAUAUAUAUAUAUAUAUAUAUAUAUAUAUAUAUUUAUAUAUAUAUUAUAUAUCAAUAUAUAUAUAUAUAUAUUUUUUUUUAUUUUAAGGAAAGCGUUAAGAAAUAAACUGCAUCUCAAGCAAGUAAGUAGGCAUACCUUUUCCUGUAAACUUAAUACCUCCACUCCAUCAGCUAAAUUUUUCUGUCAGUGAAUUNUUUUUUUUUUUUUUUUUUUUUUUUUUUUUUUUUUUUUUUUUUUUUUUUUUUGGUAUUCUGUGGUUAUUUCAUUUUUUACACCAUUGGCUAUGAAGCGACACUGAUCCUUUGAGAUAAUUCAACUAGUUGUCUGUGUAUUAACAAUGUCUAGGAUAAAGAAAACAAUGAGGUCCCGUCGUCCACCCAGCACCACCACCACAGCAGAGAGCAGUGUAACGUCAGUGGGAUUUAAGGAGUCAGUUUUCGUUCUUUUAGAUAUAUGUAUAAAAGGAACAUCUUAAAAGUUUUGGGUAAUGAAACUCUCCUUGCAAAGCAGUUAUUUAUGAACCUGUAAACGUGAUGAACAGAAAAUCUCCACCAAACAGAAGCCAUCAGUAGGGGAUCUGUUACGAAAAGCUGCCAACAUUUCGCCUCCCUUAUUUUGGCGCCGGCCAUUUGCCCUCGAUUUAUUUUGCUGACGUUGAUCAAGAGAUUAUUUAAAUACACAAAUAAUUAUACACGUUUCAUUUAAAAAUAUAUCUGUUUAAACGUUAAAGUUUGUUUGUCGGUUUCUGUUUGUAGUUUGUUUGUUAUUUUCACAUAAUUGCCGUGCUGGAUAUUGUAUAAAACACCUUAAUGUAAUUAAAGUGAACGACUGUGUUUAUAGUUCUGAUUAUUAAACUAUAUGUUUCGUCCAAUAUUUUUUUCCGUAGCAAUUGGAACGUAAAGGAAAACACAAGACAGAAAUGGGAGAUUUUUUGGUAAGACCUGGAAUGCAAGUGCCAAAUUAUUAUACAAAGUUGUACUUACACUGAAUCCUUUAACAACAUUUUUUUUAAAUGCGUUCAUUUUAUAUAUAUAUAUAUAUAUAUAUAUAUAUAUAUAUAUAUAUAUAUAUAUAUAUAUAUAUAUAUAUAUAUAUAUAUAUAUAUAUAUAUAUAUANAUAUAUAUAUAUAUGUAUAUAUAUGUAUGUAUAUAUAUAUAUAUGUAUAUGUAUAUAUAUAUAUAUAUAUAUAUAAUUUGCUUAUUAUAUCUGUGUUUAUUUAUUUAUAUCAGAGAUUGUGCGCAUGCAAUUUAACGCGAAGGGGAUUGGUGUAACAAAAUAUUAUAUUGUGUUGUAUGGGUGGGAAUGUUAGAGAGCAAUGUUAUGUAACAAUUGUUAUUAUUUAUGUUUAACUUUUUUUUUCUCAUAAUGUAUGCUUUUCAAAUUUAAUAAAUAAUUAUAGCACUUUUUUGCCUUUUACCUGAAAAUUGCUUGAUUAUUUUGUUUUUAAAUUUUUUUUUUUUAAAUUUUAUUUUGGGGGGGUGGCAGGGGUGUGGUUUGCUAGAAAUGUAAUCUAAUAGGUGGUGGUUGUUCAGAGGAAUUAAUAUAUUACGAUUUAGGUGGGUAGGGAUAAGUAAAAACUGUAAUAUUUUUGGGUUCUAAAAUUUGUGCACACCGAGUCGUCUUAAAAUUUUUGGCGGCUCGGGCAAAUUACUGCCCUAUUCCUGUCUAAUCCAUUGGACUUUUAUCAAGAAAAAAUCGUUUGGGUUCCAAGGUGUUUUUUUUUUAGAGAUUAGUUGUACCAAUUCUUAAUAAUUUUAAAAUCUAAUUUACAUUUUAUUUUUAGCGUUAUAAUGUCGUGCAAUAACAAUAUGUGCUAUUGUUAAUGCUUUUGGACUUAUCUACUCUUCAAAUUCAUUGCUACCUUAUUUUUACUAGAAAAUAGUAAAUAAACGUACAAUUAUAAUAACUACACAUGUUCGUUAGUGCAAACAAUGUGGGUUGUUUUAACAGAUCUUUACAAAGAUCAUUUUAUAAUAAGACUUUUGUAACCCUUGGGGAAGCUAGAGAAAUCUGAAUAUUUUUUUUUUAAAUAUAGAUUAUUGAUGAAAAUUUUUUUUAAAUUGUAUUUAACAUAAAUAUUUGACUCUCUUCUCAGCCCUCUCACGUGAAUCAGUCAACGCAAGAUAGUGAUCAUAUUUCUUUAAGUUCUGAGUCAACUCUUUAUAUCAGUGCAGCAGAGGACUAGUUUCCUUCUCCUUCUAAUUAAAUAUUACAACUGAUGUUUUGAAAGGAUUAUAUGUAUCAUUGUAACUUGAAUAAGUAAGCUAUGAACUUACCUUCAACAACGUGUAAUUUGAUAAAAGAGCCUAUGCCUGAUAAUUUCAUUUUUCAACUUUUUUAAAGUUUUAUUAACUAAAUGAUGCAUGCACCAUUCGAUACAUAUUCAAUGGGAUCGAUACGAAUAACGUGUGAUGCCAUGGGUAUCAUGUUUUAUUUGAAAACAAAAAUAUGUUGUUAAAACCGAUACUUUUUUUAUUUGCAGAAGAAAAUUAAAUUAGAUUUUAUAAUCUAAUAUAUCCCUUUUUUUUACAUUUCAUUAUAAUCUUUCUUAUUCACCCAUCACAUCCUUUAAAAUAUUUUUAAAAACAUAUACAUUCUAGUAUGUACAGAAAUUAAAAUUUUAAAUAGAGAUUUAUAAAGCAUUGUUUAAAUAAAAUACGUAUCUAGAUUUUUUUAGAAUUCAGUCUGGAUUUUAAAAAAAAAACACUUCGAUCGAAACAUCAAAUAUAAACCUGAAUAAAAUUAAAAUGAUGUGUGAUUUUGAAAAUAUUUCCUUAUGAUAUAUAUACAAAAAGGAAAUAUUAGUUAUAUUUCCCACUUAAGAACUCUUGGCACAAAUGUUUACAUAAUACCAUAGCUAAAAACCAUACUUAAAUAAAUAUAUAUAAUUUAAUAAGAGGAGAUUACCGCCUACCCCCCACUAAAAAAAUGUUUUAAUUUAGAAAAAAAGUGUCAUGACACACCACAGAAGUGUCCACAAAGGACACUUAUAUUAUAUUAUAUGAUAUUAAAAUUGUAAUUUUAUGUAAGGAGAUGUUAUAUGUUCUCAACUCAACUUAUAAAACCUAACAUUGACGGUGUGAUUUCAUUAGCCAAGCAUAAGUCACUUUUCUUAUCUUUUAUUAUUAAGGACACUUUUUUUACAAUUUCUACACUAAAUAGAAUGUUAUAAAUAUAAAUAUUUUACUAAAAAUGCAUAUUGUUCAAAAUCUUUUCUUUUCUGAUAUUCCUAACACAUUAUUUCGCCUGGCAGCAUCUUAAAUCUAAGUUUUAAAGCCAAAUAAAUUGGUUUAAUAUGUAAUCAUUUUAAUGCUAACUAGCAGGAUAUAAUACCUGUUUUAUGAACGUUUAUAUUUGUAAAAAGAUCCUUGAUAUAAUAAAUAAAUGUACAAAC